GGCUGACAAGUUGAUUGGCAGAUGUCCCUCCUCUCCUCCAGGCUGCCUCAUCGCAGGCCGAGCAAUAGAUGACGUGAGCGGAAAAGAUGGCGGAGAAAGCGCCGAAGAGUGUAAAGAUUGCUCCCGGCGCUGUUGUCUGUGUAGAGAGUGAAAUCAAGGGAGAUGUGACAAUAGGCCCUCGCACAGUAAUUCACCCCAAGGCACGGAUCAUUGCAGAAGCUGGACCAAUAGUGAUCGGAGAAGGUAACCUCAUAGAAGAACAAGCCAUUAUCAUAAAUGGCUAUCCCGAAAAUAUUACUCCUGAUACAGAAGGAAUGGAAGCUAAACCAAUGAUUAUUGGCACCAACAACGUAUUUGAAGUUGGGUGUUAUUCUCAGGCAAUGAAAAUAGGAGACAACAAUGUUAUUGAAUCCAAAGCUUAUGUAGGUAGGAAUGUGAUCUUGACAAGCGGCUGUAUCAUUGGUGCCUGCUGUAACGUUAACACCUACGAAGUUAUUCCUGAGAACACGGUAAUCUAUGGAGCUGACUGUCUUCGUCGAGUUCAAACUGAACGACCACAGCCACAAACACUGCAACUGGACUUCCUGAUGAAAAUCCUGCCAAACUAUCACCAUCUUAAGAAAGCCAUGAAAGGAACUUCUACUCCAGUCAAAAGUUGAAGACCUCCCUGCAUGAUUACAGAAUUUGUGGCGGGGAUGUUUCUGUCUCCAUUCAGAACUUCGCUUCUACAAGAACUGGCUUCAUUUCCUUUGCUAACUCACUCAUUCCAUUCUGCCACAUAAUUUUAUUUAUUUAAAUGAUGAAAAAUAAAGGCCAAUCUAUUAUC